UAAAAAUGACGCGUAAAUGCUGCGUGAACUGUCAGCCACGUCACCUCCUCUUGCAACUACUUUUAGUGGGAGCACUUUGUAAUCUUUGUAUGUUUUGAUUUUGUUUAUGAAACAACCGGUUGGGUUAACAACGAGCAGCGCGUUUGGCAUGCUUUUGUAGCAUUUUUUUCCCCCUCAAGCUCGCCUUCAAAUUGCAUUUGAUCAAAGUUAUUUAAUUUAAUUCGAGGUGUCACUGAAAAGGAAACGUGAACAAAAUGAACGCGUUUCGUCUGGCUGGUGAUGUAUCUCAUCUGUUGGCCAUCAUCAUCCUGUUAAUAAAGAUUUAUAAAUCCAGAUCAUGUGCAGGCAUCUCCGGGAAGUCUCAGGUGCUGUUUGCGCUUGUCUUCACCACCAGAUACCUCGACUUAUUCACCAUGUUCAUUUCUCCUUACAACACAGUUAUGAAGGUGGUGUUUCUGGCGCUGUCCUACGCCACCGUCUACAUGAUCUACAUGCGCUUCAGAAACACUUACGACUCUGAGAAUGACUCGUUCCGCGUGGAGUUCCUGUUGGUGCCGGUUAUUGGUCUUUCCUUACUGGAGAACUACGCCUUCACACCCUUGGAGGUCCUUUGGACCUUCUCGAUCUUCUUGGAAUCUGUGGCCAUAAUGCCGCAGCUCUUCAUGAUCUCCAAGACGGGCGAGGCUGAGUCCAUCACCACCCAUUAUUUGUUCUUCCUCGGCCUGUACAGAGCCCUUUACAUCGGCAAUUGGGUUUGGCGCUACCACACCGAGGGCUUCUUUGAUCAUAUCGCCGUGGUGGCUGGAGUGGUGCAGACCAUUUUCUACUGUGACUUCUUCUACCUUUAUGUCACAAAAGUACUAAGAGGGAGAGGGAAAAUGACCCUGCCAAUGCCUGUCUAGUCACCAGAUGAAGCACAGAGGACCCCCCCCCCCCCCCAAAAAAAAAUUACAUCAUAACUCUGGGAUAGAUGAGACGACAUUCCGUCAAGCAAACAAGUGCUUUUCUUGAAAUGUAAUUCCUACCUGGCUGGUACUUCUUAUCUUACUUGAUAUGUAUGUAUACAUAAGGUAGGAUGUAAACAUGACAGUGAAAAUGUAUGUUUUUACACACAGCCCAAAUUUGGGCAACUUUACAACACUAUUUGAAUAGAUUUUAUUUAAUAAUUGAGUCCGCAAAGACAAAUGAAUACAGUUUUUGGAAUAUGAACCGGGCUCUCAAAGUUGUCUAAAAUCUACACGAGCGCUCAUAGUUUGAAAUGGUUACUGUUUUAAAAUCUUUUAGUCAGCAAUAUUAUAUUUGAUGUAAAAAUGUACUCAGUAUGGAGCUCAAAGUGCCUUGGGAUUUUUAGACACUCCCUCUUUACCUUUUUAAUAUUUUACCUUUCCCUUUAUUUCUAAUGAUGUGACAUUUUUGUAUUUUUCCUCUUUUACUUUUUUUCAGGUUAAUGUAUUUUUUAAGUAGGGUGUAAAAGGGCUAACCAUUUUUUUUUUUUUGCAUGAAGCCAAAAAUGAAACGCAUUUAUAAAUGGAAAUUCAAUCCAAUGCAAGUUAUCAUUUUAGCCAUUUUUUUUGGUGUCACUUUAAAUGUUUUUCUCCCUAAAUUAAAUCGCACAUCAUUUAUUAA